CCGCCCAUGAUCCGGAUAAAGGAUCCAAUUCCCUCCAACAGAAUUCACUGGUUGGCUCUCUCUGCAACUGUUGAAGGAACUCCACAAUCUACAUCGAACAUGGCUAGAAAAGGACGACAAGCUGCCGUAAAGCAGCAGCCAAGCAAGCCGGCUACACCAGCGAAAAAGGCGGCUGCUGUCACUGCGUCGCGAAGUAGCGAAGGCGACACCGAGGACAGUGACGAUGAGGAGGACGACGAGGAGGACGACGAUGACGACGAUGGUGACGACGAUGGUGACGAUGAAGGUGACGACGAAGACGACGAGGAAGAAGAUGACGAAGAAGAUGACGAAGACGACGAAGACGACGAUGGGUUUGAGGACCAAGGAUCGUCCUCGGAAGACAACCACAGCGACAACGAGAACGACGACGACGACGCGUCCGACGACGAAAAGACCACCCAACGCUUUGUCGAAUCUCGUGAAAAGCAGCUGCAGCGCAUGCGCGACGAUGGGUCCCUUAAGGUGGCUUCCCAUCUGCACAUUGACGACUUGUCUUCGGACGACGAGGAAGCGCACAACACAAUCGGCAACGUGCCCCUUCGUUGGUACGAAGAGUACGACCACAUUGGGUACACCGUGGACGGGCAAAAGAUUGUCAAGCAAACCAAGACAGACGGCAUCGACGAUGCCAUCGCCGCCAAGGACGACCCGAACUACAGUCGCACUGUGUACGAUGCAUACAACGACCGCAAGGUGGUAUUGACGGAUCGCGAGUUGGAAAUCAUUCGGCGCAUGCAAUCUGGCGCGUUUGCCCACCCCGAGUUUGAUGCGCAUGCGGACUUGGUCGAAACAUUUUCGUCCGAGGUGAUGAUUCACUCGCUGGCCAACGACCAAGAGCCCAAGAGCCGGUUCUUGCCGUCCAAGUGGGAAAAGAUGAAGGUGCUCAAGAUCAUGAAGGGCAUUCGCGAAGGGCGCAUCCAAGUGGACAAGAAGCCCGACGACAAGCCCGACGUGUUCCAAAUGUGGUUUGAAGACGACCAGGAAGCCCAAGUCCGCAAGGGACCGGCGCACGUCCAGGCGCCCAAGAUGAUCCUGCCAGGUCAUGCCGAGUCGUACAACCCACCGGAGGAGUACUUGUUUACGCCGGAGGAAAAGAAGGCGUGGCUCGAACAGGACCCGUCGGACCGCGAGUUGAACUUUAUUCCGCAAAAGUUCAACUCGCUGCGCGACGUGUGUGGGUACUCCAACUUUGUGCGCGAACGCUUUGAGCGGUGCUUGGACUUGUACUUGUGCCCGCGUGUGAACAAGCGCCGGUUGAAUAUCGACCCCGAGAGCCUGGUGCCGCAGCUGCCCAAGCCCCGUGACCUCCGUCCGUUUCCCAACACGCUGGCCCUGCUCUUCAACGGCCACACGGGUCGCGUGCGGUCGCUGUCGAUGGACUCGUUGGGUCAGUACAUGGUGUCUGGAUCCGAAGACCACACCGUGCGACUGUGGGAAGUCGAGACUGGCCGGUGUUUGCACACAUGGAACGUGGGCGCGGUGGUGAUCAAGGUCGAGUGGUGCCCUAACAAGGACCAUCACGUGGUGGCGGUGGCCGCGGCCAAGAAGAUGCUUCUGAUUGCCACGGGCACGGGCAACGGCGACGAGACAGACAUUACAAACGCGCUGUUUGACUCUGACGACGUGACCAGUGCUUCGUCAGACCCCCUUGACGAAGUCGACGUGGAUGUGACAGUGGUCGACACGGCCGAAGCCGACAUCGACGACGCCGCCCGCAAGGCCCGCAUGCCUGUCAAGUGGACGUACCAUGCAGGCAAAGGCCGCCACGGGCGCGGCGUCCGCGCGGUGCUGCAUCACAGCGGCAGUGUCACAGAUGUGGCGUGGCACCACAAGGGCGACUACCUCUCGACGGUUGUGCCGGCGGCCGACUCGUCGUCAGUGCUGAUCCAUCAGCUGUCCAAGCGGUCGUCGCAGAACCCGUUCUCCAAGAAACUCGGGUCGAUUCAAGCCGUGUCGUUCCAUCCCACCAAGCCCUUCUUCUUCUUGGCCACACAAACCCACGUCCGCGUAUACAACCUCGUGCAGCAGGCCAUGGUGAAGAAGCUCAGCAGCGGCGUCAAGUGGAUCUCGUGUCUGCAUGUGCACCCGUCGGGGGAUCAUGUGCUCGUGGGCAGUUAUGACCGUCGUCUGUGCUGGUUUGACUUGGACCUGAGCUCGACGCCGUUCAAGACGCUCAAGUACCACGAAAAGGCGACCCGCGCCGUGGGCUUUCACAAGCGGUACGUGGAGAUAUUGAUGAUAUUGAUAAUGAUAUUGAUGGCAUUAGAUACCCGUUGAUGGCAUCGGCGUCGGACGACGGGACGAUUCAUAUCUUCCAUGCGAUGGUGUACUCGGACUUGAUCAAGAACCCGCUGAUUGUGCCGCUGAAAAUCCUGCGUGGCCACGAAGUCACGGGUGGUCUGGGGGUCAUGGCCCUCGCGUUCCAUCCUACUUUGGUACGAAGAUGAACCUUGUAUGAGUGAGAAUGGUUGUUGACACAUGUAUGUGGUGGUGGAUGUUGUAGCCGUGGAUUGCAAGCGGGGGCGCCGACAACACGAUCCGUCUCUUCCAGAAUAUUCACUAACUAGACUAAUGGCAUCUUAUAUACUCGAGUAAAAACCAAUA